GUCGUGCAAGGAUCGAUGCCUAUAAAAGCGGCAACAUCAAAAGAUAUCGUUGCAGUGCAUCUUCGGAUUUCUGAUAAUCCUAAGAUGGCUACUCUUAUUAUUUCUAACCUUCUUACCUUUCUCUUGUUGGCUGCUGCAAUAGUUUCUGGAUUACCUGCAUCCGAUGAAUCAAAAAUCUCUACCGAUACCAAUGAGGAAAACUCAACUUUGAUAUUGGACCUUGUGCCUCCUAUAGAAGGAGAAGAUGAUAACGGAAAAAAUGUCACCUUGUUUAUUAUAAAUCUUUACGCAGUUAGAAAUCAUUCUGGCGAAAGUUCGGAAGAAAUGCUCGAUAAUAAUCUCGUACGAAAAAUGCCCGAUAUCAUAGGUCCUUUGGCAACGUUAUUCCUAUUGGUAGAGGAAGGAGAAGACGAGGAACCUGUCGAUCUCGACAAAAUGGCAAAGUACAUGGAGGAACGUGGAUUGAAAAUCGAUAAAAUCGAGGAGAGUGGUGAAACGAGUGUACUGAAGACAGAAGUACCUGACAAAGAUGUAGACGACAUCAAGGAGAUGUUGGAAUCUACGGCGUCGGAAAAACUAUCCAAAUCGAAGAAAUAUAGAGCGAGAAGAAUGGCUUGCCAUAAGUGCCAUGGUGGUGGAGGUAGAGGUGGUGGAGGUGGAAAAGGCGGUGGAGGAGGAGGAGGUAGUUAUCAGUAUUACGAUCCAUACGGAGGACAAAUUGGCGUUAUACCAGUAUACGUGGUACCCGUUGCAAUUCAACAACAACCGCAGUACCAUCCUCCGCCUCAACAAUACCAUCCUCCGCCUCAACAGUAUCAUCCUCAACCGGUGUGCGAUCCGUGCCAAGGACGCGGUGGUGGUGGCGGUGGAAGAGGUGGAGGUGGAGGUGGCAUUGCAUACGCACAAGCCAGUGCUCAAGCAAGCGCCGGUGGAGGUGGAUGGUGAAGAACUUUUACAAUAAUCCCCUCGCUAGGAGUAUCUUCAAGGAACUUUUAUACUUUAUUUCGUUAAUAUUAUUAACGAAGGAUAGAACAACAAAAAAUCAAAUUAUAAAUUAGCUUUGAAAACUGCCUAACAUUAAUCACAAUUUGUUAAAUAGGUUAUUUCAUGGGUAGGGAAAAGAAAAAAAAAAAAAACAAAACCUGUUUAUUAUCCUCUCUAUACUUAUUACUAAUUGUAAGAAUAAGUAAAGUUGUCAGUCAAAUGUUGUUGACUAGAUUAGUCGGAUGGUCUACGAGAAAUAUUUCUAAUAUCGAUAAGAAAGUGAUAUUGUAGGAUACUGUCGUAUAUUCAAAAAUGUAUAUUCAUUUUAAUUCGUUUAAUUAUGAAUGUAAUUACCUUUGACUUAUUUACCUAGUAAUUUAAGAGAAUUUAGUGCAUCGAAUAUACCUUUAUUUUACUAAAUGAUCUUCGCUAAAGAAAACGCAUAAACAGGUUUAACGUUAUAUCGAUAAUGUUCCUAGAAAUAUUCCGCAUAUAUCUGGGAUUUCCUACAAUAAUGAACAGUAACUUAAUUGACUUUACUCGCAAAGUGGAAUGAAGUUACAUCGUUUUAAUAAAUGCCACGCUGUAAUUUGUA